UUUCCCAUAUCCGAGCAGUACAAGAGGUUGAGCAACUACUUCGAAGUGCCGUUAUCCCAGAUUCAUCCUAAUGGAGUUCGGCACUACUCUUGUUUCUUGGAGCUGUGUCGGCAGAAUGGGGUGACCGAUAGUAUGCGAAUUUUUUGUUGUAUGUACCUGAUGUCGCUGAAGGAUCAGAGUCAUUUCGCCUAUCUACGAUUCCGGGGUGAGAGGAAAGAUUUGGCCGGGGGGCUGGUGUCGGGGAUAACUGACUCCUUGAGGGAUUUCAAGGAGGACUAUUUUCAAGUAUCUCACCCUACUGCCUUCCAGGGGAUGGUGACCACCUAGGUCGCUAAGUGUUAUAAGCUUGACAAGUGGUUUCACGUCCCCGGUCCUCUGGAGCUAGCCGAUAUGCUGAAGCUCCGAGACGCUGCUCCUGCCAGGGAGAAAGCACAGGCCGACGACCUGUGUCCUAAACUCUUGUUCGAUUACUGCAAGAGCCCGGCUUCAGCUAGCGCUGGUUUGUUUUGUUUGUUGUUUUUUUUUUUGCUGCUUGCUUCUGGUUGUUUCUCUGUCUAUUAUGUGAAGUUGUUGCUACUGUUUGUGUUAUGUUUUAACUCUGUUAUGCUUUGAUGUGAUUGCAGUGAACAGUCUGGACCCUGCCAAGCUGAUUGGGAAGAAAAGGAAAAGGCCAGCCGUCCGAGCUGCGACCCCUACAGUCCCGCGGCCUGCACCUGCUGCGGGUUCGACUGUCCCCCGGCCUUCCCCUGCGGCUGAGGCUGCGGCUACUCCCAAGUCUCCGGAGGUUCCGGAAGGCGUUCAGGUUACGGGGUUGGAUGCCAUUCCUCUCCGAGUUCAAAGGCCUGGCGAGGUGGAGUUUCCCCCUGCCGCCGAACCGAGGAGGGACAUUCCCUUUGUGUAUCUGGGUUCAGCGGAGACCGUGAUGGGACCUCGACAGUCCGAGGAGGUUCCUCAACGGGCUGCUCCUGAAGUCGGGGGUCCUAGCGCCCGUGCUGUGGGAUCUCGAAUGCCGGAUCUGUCGGACGUUUCCUCGGAUUCCAGUACGACCGCCUCUGGUCAUCAGGGCAUAACUCGGGCAAGAUUUGCCGAGUGGGUUGGGCAGCACAACCCGGGCGUCCGGGUAUCAAUUCACGAGCUACCCAUUGCUGGGGAUAUUGCUCGGGUGACCACGCUUCCUGAGGACGAGGCGUACUAUAAGACCUACAAACCGGAGAACCUGCUGGCGACGGUUUCUGCCCUCUGCAUCCAGGCGGCUCAAAUGUCUUACCGGGCUGACCGGCGUGCUAGUCAGAAUGAGGACGACCUUCUCCUGGCCAAGAAGCUUAUGUUGUCUGAGGCGGCCAAGGCUCGUGAUGCGGAGAGGAGGGCAGGCGAAGCCGAGAAAAGGGCCUCGGAGGCCGGACAAAGGGCGUCGGACGGGGCUUCGCUGGUGGCUCAGCUGGAGGAUAAAUUGAAGAACUCCGAGGAUCGAAGGUCGGAAGACCUGGAGAUGCUGGGAAAACUGAGGAGUGACGUCAGUCGUCUAGAGACUGAGAAGGCUGCUGAGAAAGAAGAUUUCUCAAAGCAGCUCGCUGACGUUACUCGUCGGAAUGAGCUGGCCUCCAAGGGACUCCGGGAUUCGGUGGAGGACCUGAAGAAAAAGCUGGCUGAGGCCGUAGGGCGAGCCGAGAAAGCUGAGGCCCAAGUCGCGGAAGGCACAAACCGGGAGGAGAAUUUGUAUGAGGACUUCCGGAAGAUGUUGUACGUCGGCGAGGUCCAAGUUGGCGAGUUUGUGAGGGGCCGGUUUGGAGCUGAUGUCGAUGUCUCGGACUUCAAGCUGGAUGUGCUUGAUUUGCAUCGCCGUGCCAAAGAGCUGCCUGAGGAUUAUGAUAUGCCGGCAGAUAUUGAAGACUAUCUGGCUGACGACCAGGAUCAAGGCCCGGUUUAGGAUAACCGUUUUUGUAAUUUCUGAACAAAUUUUACUUUUAUUUUGUAAUGCUGAGCUCUGAGCUCCUUUGUUAUACCUUGAAUAUUUUUGCAAGGUUUGAUCACUUUGGCCUUUGUAUAUACAUCUUGUUUUUUU